AUGUACGUUCAACUUCCAUUUGACGAAUUAAAAGUUGAUCCAACCCAGAAAAAACGUAUUGCAUAUUUCUAUGAUGCCGAUAUUGGGAAUUACGCCUAUGGAGCCGGUCAUCCUAUGAAGCCCCAUCGUAUUAGAAUGGCACAUUCUUUGAUUAUGAACUAUGGGUUAUAUAAGAAGAUGGAAAUCUACCGAGCUAAACCAGCUACCAAGCAGGAAAUGUGUCAAUUUCAUACAGAUGAAUAUAUUGAUUUUAUAUCGAGGGUUUCUCCUGAUAAUUUAGAAUUAUUUGCUAAGGAGCAGAUUAAGUUUAAUGUCGGUGAUGAUUGUCCUGUUUUCGACGGAUUGUUUGAAUAUUGUGGGAUUAGUGGAGGUGGGAGUAUGGAAGGUGCAGCUAGGUUAAACCGAGGCAAAUGUGACAUUGCUAUAAAUUAUGCUGGUGGAUUACAUCAUGCUAAGAAAUCCGAAGCUAGUGGGUUUUGCUAUUUAAAUGAUAUUGUUCUUGGAAUAAUUGAAUUGUUGAGAUAUCAUCCUCGAGUAUUAUAUAUUGAUAUAGAUGUCCAUCAUGGUGACGGUGUUGAAGAAGCAUUUUAUACAACUGAUAGAGUUAUGUCAUGUUCAUUCCAUAAAUAUGGAGAAUUUUUCCCUGGUACUGGAGAAUUAAGAGAUAUCGGAGUUGGUAAAGGGAAGUAUCAUAGUGUUAAUGUUCCACUUCGAGAUGGGAUUGAUGACGCUACCUAUAAAUCUAUCUUUGAACCAUUAAUCACCAAGAUUGUUGAAUGGUACCAACCUUCAGCUAUAGUUUUACAAUGUGGUGGUGAUUCCUUGAGUGGAGACAGAUUAGGAUGUUUUAAUUUAUCAAUGUCGGGACAUGCUAAUUGUAUUAAUUUUGUUAAAUCGUUUAAUAUCCCUAUGAUGGUUCUUGGUGGAGGUGGUUAUACUAUGAGAAAUGUUGCUAGAACUUGGGCAUUCGAAUCUGGAUUGUUGAAUAACGUCGUAUUGCCUUCAGAAUUACCAUACAAUGAAUACUAUGAAUACUAUGCUCCGGAUUAUAAGUUAGAUGUUAGACCUUCUAAUAUGUAUAAUUCAAAUUCGCCAGAGUUUUUGGAUAAGAUAUUAACCAAUAUCAUUUCAAAUUUGGAGAAUACAAAACACGCACCAAGUGUUCAAAUGAAUGUUGUUCCUAAUGAUGCAGAAGAAUUAGGUGAUGUUGAAGAAGACACUAAAGAAGCAAUGGACACAAAAGGUGGAUCUGAAUUAGCUCGAGAUGCCCAAAUUCAACCAGACAAUGAAUUUUAUGAAGAAGAUGACAAAGAUAAGGGGGAAAAGAAUAUAGAUGAGACCACCAAUGGUACUUCAAAGUUGACAGACGAAGAGAUGAAUGAGAUUGAGAAGUUGAACAGUGAGUAG